AUGCUCUUCUCGGCCGCUAGGAGGGACUUCUCGAGGAGGUCAACAGUAGGGAGGUGGCGACGCACAGCAAGACGUGCAGCAGCGUCGCGCGUGGCCCACUGGGAGCGAACAGUGGCGUCGGCGUCAGCAGCAGGGGCAGUGGAGGCGCCAGAGGUCGGGCGGCCCGGAAGGAGGGCGGCGCGGCGGCUCGGCGGCUCGGCUGCCGGGCGGCUCGGCGGCUCGGCGGCUCCGCUGCUGGGCGGCACGGCUGCUGGGCGGCUCGGCUGCUGGGCGGCUCGGCUGUUGAGCGGCUCGGCUGCUGGGCGGCUCGGCUGCUCUGCUGUCGGGCGGCUCGGUUGUGCUGCUGAGGGGCAGCACGGCUCGGGCUGCUCGGGCGGUGCGGGCGGCUCGGGCGGCUCGGGCGGCUCAGCUCCUCAGCGGCACAGGCGGCGUGGGGACCGAGACGGCGGCGCGCGGCUGGGACGGGCGGCGCACGGGCGGCGUGGGGCCGGGACUGCGGUGCGCGGCCGGGACGGGCGGCUCACGGGCGGCGUGGGGCCGGGACGGGCGGCGCGCGGGCGUCGAGGGGCCGGGACGGGCGGCGCGCGGGCGUCGAGGGGCCGGGACGGGCGGCGCGCGGGCGUCUAG